AUGCUAUACUCAACUCCAUUGCUCCUCCGGACAGCUCGUCUGUCAAAUGCUUCUCCCGGAGCGCGGUAUAUAACUUCGACCGCGUACAGAUUCGCAGAAACAAAAGCUCAAGACACGUCACACCAAAAAGAGUCCAAUGAUGCAUCAGAUGACCAAUCAGCACAGCAAAAGCUCAAGCAAGACAAGACCAAAAGCGUAGCUCAAGCGGAUCAAGAGCUCCGAGAGCGGCUCGAGCAAAUGUCUGGCGGUGGUGGCGCUUCAGGAAUUGAGUAUGAAGAUGGCAAGCCCAAUGCCAUGAAGCGCAGCGUACGAAACAACAUGUUCCGCUAUAUCUGA